GAGUACUGUCUAAAUCAAGUGUGGAAAGUGUUAUACACUCUGGAAGUCUACUGUAAACAAGAAAUGUAGUUUUUUGACUAAUUAGUGGGAUAGCACAUCUUCCAAUUGGCGAUUUUAUGAUAAACAAGGUUCCAGUUGUUGUUACUUCUCUCUUACUGUCAGUGUGAAAUAUGGCAACGUUUAUUGUCAUAUCUUGACGCUAUUCACUGACGACCACGUGGAUUUCAUUAGUUUGUGAUUAUAGAUAGAUGCCGAUAUAGGAAGACUUCUAAUAGCUUAAUGUCAAUACAAUACUUUUAGAGACAGAAUAUUGUUAAAAAGUAUUCAGCGAAUUAUGCUAUUUGAAUGAGGUUAUUAGUAUGACAAACAAGAUUAAGAUAUUAGCAACCUACAAUAUCCACACCUUCAAAUCACUCGUCUGUCAAUUACUUUUUAAGGAUAUCUACUUGUGUUAAAUAUCUUGUAAUUUGGAAUGUAAUUUUAUCACAUGAAAAAGCCAUUUUGAAGUGGUAGUAAUGUAUGUAGACAGUCUUAAACUAUUUUUCAGCUAGCGAAGUAGUCCCUGUAAAACAUUUUGUAAUAAAAAGAAAUGAAACUACAGUCAAUAUGAAUAAUGAACCUUUGUAAAUGAAUUAUUUGGGAUUUCUUCAUCUGUAAUGCAAUAAUUCUUUGUAGCUAUUCAAAUGGAAUGUAUUUCUCUCCAAAAAUCGGAUUGAUUCGUCCAUAUGCUUUGUUUCUGCCCACCUUACUGAUCGUGUUUUCGCAAUCGAAAUUCGGUUAAGUGGACAAAUCAACCGACCAUUCCCUAUUAUUGUGGACAACCUACAGACUAACAUUCUAUCCAUCAAUUUGACAAACCAAGAUUUUCCAAUCAAAUCCUUAAAUUACCCGUUAGUACUCUUGGUAAAAACUCUACCUUACCGAUAACCUUGGGUGGCUCUAAAUACAAUUUUGCGUUAUCAGUCACUUAGAAUUCAAAAUACAUAACUGAAAAAUUAAUUACGGGAGCCAAAAGUGCGUUGCAUACUGGUGUCCAAUGGUCCCUGUAUUGUGGGACGGAUAUUCUGACGUUUCGUGACUUAGUGUCAGAAAAUCUAAUUUUUCUAAUCAUCGGGAUAUUACAAAUAUGGGACGGAUAUUUUCACGGACCAAUGACUUGUCUGGUCUCAAGGACUUCACUUUCCUUAAUACCAUCACUGGGUUCGCGCAGAUAUACCACACAAAGCAAAGGAUAUAUACAUUUUACAGAUUCUUAUACGUCACGUUUCGUGUUGUAAAUUUGACUUGGAAAUACUUUACUUUUAAUUUCAAUAACUUUUCCUUGUUUAUUAUGGUAAUACAAUUCUGUGCUUAUGAGUACGUAACUUACACUUAAUAAAGGUAAAUAAUGUUUUCUUGUUAUUAUGUUUAUAGGUGAAACUUUUAAUUAAGUGGAAGGUGGAUGAAAACGGAAAACUUUCUUUAAUUAUCCAUAUUUAACAUCUUAUAGACAUAGCAUGUUGCACAUUGUUCUUAUAUGGCUAUCAUUUCGUGAUUAUAUUCACUGUUUACCUGAACAUAAAUUAAAGAUACCUAAUAGCGAAAAUGUACCGGAUCCUUGUAAUCCAGGCAAAUUUGUAAAGUCCAUUGGUCACUUGAAUUAUGAUGGUGGUGGACCUCUUAAUUCGUUCGGUUCAGAUUUCGAAAGUAAACGGUCUUGGAGUCUACUCUGUCCAUUGGAUAGUGACGGUGAUGGAUUUACUAAUGGUCAAGAAUUAGGUGAUCCUAAAUGCCAAUGGAAAAUAGGUGAUCUACCUGAAAGAAUAUUCAAUAUUACUCAUCCAGGUGUAUGUACUCCUGUGGAUUCAGAGGUUUGUAAGAGACAGACUAUAUGUAAAUCAAUAGGACAUACAUUACGGAAAUCACCAAACUGCAUUAUGAGGCAAGCGCUUACCUGGAAUCCUGAAAGGAAACAGAAAAGAGGAAGAUCGAAGAACCCAUUAUAUCGGGAAUUGGAAGGAGAUAUCAAAAGGAUGAAUAUCAACUAGGAAUGAUUAGAUGAAGAAUACUGGUGGACGACCUAUGCUACUACUCCACGAGGAGUAACAAACAUAAGUAAAGUAAUUGAAAACCAUAAUGUUUCAUCUUUAUUUAAGACUCGUUUUUAGAAUUCAUAAUUAUAAGAAUAUAUAAAAGCAAUCAUCUAUCAUUAUUAUUGUGUUUACAUUCUCAGUAUUAUAUCUAUAAAUUAUAUAUUAUCGAUCAUAUUUAAUUUAUUCUUCUAGACUAUUAUUCAAACACAUUGUGGUUUUACUCAAUUUUCAACUGGUAUACUAACUUUUAUAACAAUAUUAAUAGUAUUAUUAACAAUAUUCAAGUUUAUUAGUAAUACCGAAUUAAAAUAUCGUUAUGAACAUGAUACAUGGCCUACAACCUGUUGUCCAUCAUUACCAUAUGAUAAACCUGGAUUUUCUUGGGAUAAUUAAUUUUUUUUUAUUUAUUUCAUUUUACAAGAUAAAGAAAAAGAAGGUUCGUUAGUUUUUAACGAAAUUUUAUUUUGAUAAAAAGGCACAUUGUGUAUAUGUGUGUAUGUGUUUAUAUAGUUUAUAUUAUUAUUAUUAUUAUUAUUUUAUAGUUUCAUUACAAUCAUUUAUUUUGUACCAAUACACUGUGAUAUUUUCUUUAUAGGUCUCUUUUUUGUGUGUGUUAGUAUUAAUUACUGAGCGAAUUGUGUAGAUUUUUAAUGAUUAUUAUUUUUGUUGAAUAAAUUUUUUUGUAUUAUUCCUUUCGCUUUCCCAAGUAGUGUAUACAAUAUUUCUUUCUGGGCAAAAAUAAUAUAAAUCUUUGUUUUUUG